ACUGUAACUAACAUUAUGUUGGCUUCUAUAUAAAACACAUUUACUGCCUAUGGCAGCGCCGGUUAAGGUGAUUCCUUCACAUUUUACACCAUAAAGGCUCCAUUAGUCCACUUCAUGGGACAUGAAGGGCAAAAAAUGUACUGCAGUAUAUAAACACAGAUAAUUAGUUGCAGAGGUUUGGGAUAUUUACAGUAUAGCUUUAAUAAUAUUCAGCCAACUGCUUCUGGCACGCUAUAAUUUACUGCAAGAAGAAUAGAUAUUAUUUUAAUUAUUUGUCCAGUAUGUGAGAUUUUUCACAAUAAACUUUUAAUCCACAACAACUAGACUUUGGGUUCUAUACAAUUAUAAUGCUGUGGUGGUUUAACAUGGUUUCUGUGUUUAUGGUGCAUUGUUUUUUUUUCAGCAGGAGCCACUGACAAAGAGUUUAUUCACGGUUUUCUCUGUAAUACAACAAAAACUUUCAUAUUACAUUGUUUCCUCAUGUUUAGUGUCAUGGCAAAUCAAACAUUAGGGUGAAGACAAUGUACCAUUUAGUGAGUGAUUGGAGGUUGAUGAGAGGUCAGCAGUAUCUCUGCCUUAACAACCCAUUCACCAAGUUCAGCUGUUGAUUCUGAGCUCAACAUCCCAGAGGAUGAGCAGCGUUGGAUACAGGCCUCUAAGAGCCGCUGGUACUGGGUUUAUGCCCACUAACAAUUACAGUUGCGAAAACCUGGGGUUUACACCUUACCAAAUCUCUGUAUUGUGGGUGAUGAAGAGGAGAGUGCAGACCUUCAAAUUAAUCUGUUCAUUCUCUUUAGCGAGGCAGGAUGCUGCUGAGUACGCUCAGUGCAGCACGUAGGUGAAGAACAGGGUGGUCUGCACAUCUGGACAAAUAUUUUCAUGUGAGUAAGGCCAGAAAGAAAUAGGUCCACUAACAGAGUAAAGUGGGUAGCCGCAGUACGGAUGGACAAAUUAACUGUGUCAGGAUUUUAAGUGUUGCCCUGACCUUGAUCUUACAUCAUUAAUGCACUACAGUAUGUAAUUCUCUGAAUCAUGCUGAAAAAUCGCCAAUCUGUGGUUCAGCCACUAGAUGGCACAUCCAUGUCUGCCCUACACAGUGACAUGUGUGUAUGUGUAAAAUACGGUAUAAAUGUUAUUACUGUGUUAUAUAUGUUAUUAAUACACCUGUUACUGUUGCACAUAGAUAACUGUUAACCGUAUUUCUCAUCGGGUAUUGUUUGUGUUCUGUGUGCUCCACGUUGCAUUUAUUACCUCAAUGGUUGAAACUUGGGAGCAAAGAGCAUUUGUCCACCGGUAGAUGACGCUGUGGAUCCGAAUGUCCCUGCUUCAAACAGAAGAAGAAGAAGAAGCUUAGCGACGCCUCAUUGGCUGAUGAGCCUCCAUAGUUGUUUAUGACUCGCAGCGCCGACAUGGCAGCGGUAGAUGUCAUUGUGGAGAACUUGCUCGCUGUCUGGAGGCGACCAUCAGUUAGACAGAUGUUCCCGUGGCUGUUUUUAGUCAUUUCAUUCUUGGGGUCACUUCUGAAGCAGCUGGACUUGGUACCGAAGACGUAUUUCAGCAGUAGCAGGAAUGUUUUAAACGUGUAUUUUGUUAAAGUCUCCUGGGGCUGGACGCUGCUACUACUGACACCUUUCCUCCUCAUCUCCAACCUCCCCUUCAGCAGGAACGUGACCUUUCUCAGCCGCCGGAUUCUGUCUCUGGUGGUGGCAACAGCUGUCUGGUACAUUUGCACUGAGACCUUUUUCUACAUUGAGGAUGUGACCGGCUCAUGCUUUGAAACUGUCCGUAUGGAAGCUCUCCAAAAAGAGUUUGUAUCCAAAGCCAGCUGCAGGCGCGCUGGUUUCCACUGGCACGGCUAUGACAUUUCAGGGCACUCCUUUAUCCUGUCCUACUCAGCUCUUUUUAUCAUGGAAGAAAUGGCCCCUAUGGCCUCAGUAAAGACUUCUAGUCUGUCUGCACUCCUUAAGAUGGCUCUCAACUGGCUCUAUGUGGCUUUGAAUCUGGUCCUUGUCAUUUGGGUGUGGAUGUUUGCCUGCACCUCUGUUUACUUCCAUGACCUGUCCCAUAAGUUGCUAGGGACCCUAUGUGGCCUGCUUGGGUGGUACCUGACAUAUCGUGUUUGGUAUCUAAAACCUCUGUCCCCGGGACUCCCCCCUCAUCGCCAGCCAAAAGAACAGAAAUAACACUGCUAAGCUGCACUUAUACUUUCCUCAGCCAUACUGAGAACAACUCACUACUGUUAACGUUAUCUGUCUCCAGGUCCAAGCUAAUGUCAUUCCCUGUUUACGGUGUUGGCAGGUUUAGCUCCAGAAAUUCUAUAAUGCUGCUGUAAUUUCCAAUUUCAGCUUCUCACCUUCAGUCUGCACCAUAGUCAGUCUGUCAGUUUGCUGCCUCCAAAUGCUUCACUCCUAAAUGACUCCUCAAAAUGUUUUGGAUGUGAUUGGCAUCACUGGGGAACAAGUGAGAAUGUUUGGAAUAACUGAACACAUUCAGUAUUUUACACAAGGCUGCCAUUUACCUAUUAUUUUCUUGAACGAUUCAAUGAAUUUUUUUUUAAAUGUCAAAAAUAGUCAAACAUAAACAGUCCAAAACCUAAAGUUCAAAUAAGACAAAAAUAUAAAAUCUGUAACUAGAAAACAUUUUACUGGUAAGUAGUCAUGAAUUUUCAGUGGCAGUUUAUUAUUAUUGUUUAGUUUUAUUUGUUUUUAAUAAGAACUUGUUUGUAUUUAGAUGUAUUCUUAUGUCAACAACAGCAAAACAGGUAUGGGCUGAAAUGUUUUUCAUAAAUUUGAAUAGUCAGACGUCAUAAAGGGUAUGAAGCUUCGGCCAAGUGUCAGACCUUCAGAGUUCUAUCGGUUGAAGUUGAUGUACACAAGCAAAGCCAUUAAAACUCACUUGUCUGUUUUAA